AUGAUCGUCCUAUUGCAAACAAUAUUAACAGUAAUUAGUGCAGUCAUAUGCCAAGAUUUUGUAAAUUUCCCUCCCUUCAAUUACACUACCGGAGACAGCUUUGAUGACUGCGAGCGACGUUUCCCAGUAGAGUCAACCGAAUAUUCGGUGAUUCAAGCAGUCGGUGGAGAACGAGCAUUUCAAGGAGAGUUUCAACAUAUGGCCGCCAUCGGAUGGACCAGAUCCGCUGGAAGAAUUGAUUAUCUUUGUGGAGGAAGUUUGAUAACAUCGAAAUUUAUUCUGACAGCGGCUCAUUGUGCUGUGGAUGCCAACCAUAUUCCACCAGACACCACUCGAUUGGGAGACACGGAUCUUGGUAGUAAAGAAGACGACAAAAAUGCGCAACAAGUUGGAAUCGCUCGCAUCAUCAAACAUCCGCAAUACCGUGAGUCAAGAAAGUACCAUGAUAUUGCGCUAGUCGAGUUGCAGGAACAGUGGUGGAUAAACGACGCGAUCAACAAUGCGUGUGUAUGGGUGGAAUCAUACGCACCUAGUGAUUUGCUGGAGGCGGUGGGCUUCGGUGCGCUUGGAUUCGGGGAGAUGUUAAGUCCCACCUUGCAGAAGGUUCAACUUCGAGCACUGGACACGGCGACAUGUGCUGAACGUAUCCCAACGGAUCGUCGUCAAAUGCCCGAAGGAUUGCGAGCGGAUCAGAUGUGUGCACACAGUGAAACCAUGGACACUUGUGAAGGCGAUUCCGGAGGUCCACUUCAAACGGAGCUGCACGAUGUGUUUGGCAAUGCAUAUCCCCUGUUGGUUGGUGUUGUAUCAUUUGGAACUCCCUGUGCCGAAGGAUCAACGGGAGUCUACACAAGAGUGAGCUCGUACUUGGAUUGGAUCGAGAAGGAAGUCAAUCAGUCGCUUAGUUAUGAAGCAUGUACCAGAUUUAGCAGGGAAAACCGUAAACAGAAUCCCUCAAUAUCUGCUACAAUCGAGGAAAACAGGCCUUUCUAUCGCGUUGGACUGCUAUGGGAGAAACAAGAGUCAGACAUCUAUCAGUGUGGAGGAGUUGUAAUCGAUUAUCAGUAUGUCCUUACAUCAGCAGACUGUGUCACGUCCAGCAGGGGUCAUCCAAAGUUUGUAACAUCAGCCCAAGAUGCUGAACGUGCCCCAGUUGAGGAAGUAUUUGUUCAUCCUCGAUUUAUUAAAGGAAAACCUUAUUUUGAUAUAGCUGUUAUAAAGAUAGAGAAAUACGCAAAUCCGAAAGAAAGUCUUCCAGUUUGUCCGUGGAAUGAACAGCUGUAUGGCAAUUGGAGCCAGAGCGUGCUUCUGUUUGGAGCAACCAUUCCAGAUCUAAUUUCGAAAACUUCUGAACUUCGCAGCUAUAUACAGUCAACAGUGCAUGCAGAUAAAAGAUGCACCGCACAAACGGAUCUGAUCUGUAUCAGCCGUGAAGUGGCGUUGAUACCUGGGUUGUGUAAGGUUGAUUACGGAGGUCCUGUUAUGACUGACCUUUAUGUGAAGAAUUUUAAAGUUCUUGGUAUACUGUCUCGAGCCACGAGCCAAGGAUGUGACAGCAACAUUAUAUUCACCAGUAUUGAACCUCAUAGGCAAUGGUUAGAGUCGAUUAUAUUUAACAAAUUACAUGAGCGGCUUAUAUUUAGCAAUUGA